UUGAGACACUCUGAGCCAAGGCAGCCUGGCUCCACCUCGGCCCCAGCGGUCUCUCUCGCAGCAGUCGCACUCGGCACAAGGCACAGAAGGAGGUUUUGCCACUGAAGGGAAGCAAGCAUCAUGGCCAAAGAUCCCCUGGAAAGCUCCCAGGAGUUUUAUGCACUUGAUGCACAAGCAUCUGACACCAACAAGGAACUCUACAAACGGCACCGGAUCCGCUGGGUGCUUCUCUGCACCUUCGUCCUCUCUCUCGUCCUGACCGUUCUGGGAGUCUACUAUUUUUUGAGCCCAUCGGCCAAAAAAGUCUAUGAUAUGGAGCAUACCUUUUUCAGCAAUGGGGAACGGCAACAAAUAUUCAUGAAGAUAGAUCCUCUUGCCGGGACGGAGAUCUUCCAAACCGGAAAGGGCAGCGAGGAAGUCUUGGAAAUACAUGACUUUAAAAAUGGAAUCACUGGCAUCUUUUUCAGCGGAGAUCCGAAAUGCUUCAUCAGGAGCCAAGUGAAAGGGAUACCGGAAACGUCCGACAUUGACAUGGAGGAGCCUGAGGAAGAGAAAACAACAUCAACUUAUUUCGAGCAGUCUGUGAUCUGGGUUCCUGGGGAGAAACCGGUGGAGAACAAAGACUUCCUGAAGAAUUCCAGGAUCUUGGAAUUCUGCGAAAAUGUCACUGUGUAUUGGAUGCACCCAGCCUUGGUGAAAGAGACAGAAGUCUUGGACUUUGGAAACGAAGGCGAGGUGGAGAAUGGGUUCCCUACAGACGAGCCAGAGCGGACUGGAGGUCAUCGAGAAGAAAAGGAAGGAGAGGGUCCAGGCAAGAGACGCCAGGCUCGGCAACUCACGCAGGAGGACUUCCCAGUGAAUGACUACACGGAGAACGGGCUGGAGUUCCACCCGCUGUGGGACGAGAGGGGCUACUGCUGUGCCCAGUGCCGCCGUGCCCAUCGAUACUGCCAGCGGGUCUGUGAGCCUCUGCUGGGCUAUUACCCCUACCCGUACUGUUACGGAGGGGGGCGGGUCAUCUGCCGGGUCAUCAUGCCAUGCAACUGGUGGGUAGCACGCAUGUUGGGACGGGUAUAA